AUGGGGGCCCCCAUCUGGGUGGCUGCGUCCGUUCAGACCCACACUCCAACCGCACCUUUUCCCACCUUACCGGGAAGCUCCCUCGGCCACAAUGGCUCAGCAUCCUGGCCUUGUCCCAAGCAGCUCUGUCUCCUCGCUCAGUGUCACCCUGGAGCCAUCUCCGUGCAAGUUCCUGCUGACACAGUGGAUCCCGCCGUCCAUGGCUUCCCAGACGCGGACGCUCAGGCGCCUCCGAGUCUGGGCUUCCAGGUCCAGGUGGCUUCCCAAGCAGCUCUGUGUCUGGUGAUGGAUUUCGGGGACAGCUCUGGGGUUCAAGUGGCGAUCCGCAAUGUGACCGGAGGAAUGGCGGUCACCGCCUACCACCAGUUCAGGAAAGGUAGGGUGCUCCGUGUCAGGAUGUACGUCUUGGUGCUGGAACCAGUCUUCAUGGAGAAGCCCCCAGCGCUGACGUUGCGGGAAGGCGUCUAUGUGCUGAAGGCACAUAUCUACAACGAGUUUUGUGGAACUGAAAAGGAGCUUGGGCCUUACUUUGUGGAGAUUGGCCCUGCGACCGUGUCUGUGUUCAUGAAUUCCAGCAGCAUCCACAGGGACGAGCUUCUUGUCUUUGCUGACUCCAGGACAGGUCAGAAGGGCACUGUUGUCUCACAUCGAUUUCCAGCUGGUCCCUUGGGUAACGUGGCCUUCACUUCUCAGAGCCGAGCAGGGGGCAGCCAGGCUUGGCGCCGCGUCACGGUCGGGUAUCACAUGCAGCCCGUCUCUGUCUACACAAAUGGAACCGUGUUUGCCACCGACGCCUACAUCACUUUUCUGGCUGUUACCGAGGAAAUGACCCCCCUGGAGUUCGUGUGGUUGUUUGGAGAAGGUCCCCCGGUGAAGACAAUGUCCAGGAGCAUUAAUAAAAGACUCAGCGUCCCCCAGUGGUACCGCGUGACGGUGCAGGCUGCCAGUGGGCUGGGCAGCGUGGCCUCGGAGCCCCGCCGCAUCCGGACGCAGCGGAGAAUCGUCGCCAACCGGCUCGUGUCCCCCUCCUCGGCUCUGCUGAACGCCAGCGUGACCUUUGAGUGCAGACUCAACUUUGGCACCGACGUCACUUUCCUAUGGGACUUCGGGGACGGCACCGUGGGCCCCGGGGACAGCUCUGCUAGUCACACCUACAGCAGGGAAGGACAGUUCACCGUCCAGGUUCUUGCCUUCAAUGACGUCAGCACCACCUCCCUGAGAAAGCAACUGUUCAUCGUGCGGGAGCCCUGCCAGCCACCCCCUGUGAAGAACAUGGGGCCGGGGAAGGUGCAGGUGUGGAGGUCUCAGCCUGUGACCCUGGGUGUGACAUUCGAGUCUGAGAUCCUCUGUGACAUAUCCCGAGGCCUCUCCUACACCUGGACCUUCUGGAACUCCCAGGGGUGGCCAGCUCCCCUGCCCCCUGCUGUCAGCACCCACAGGCAGACCGUCACUGUCCCCAGCUAUUUCCUGGAGCCCGGGAACUAUACCGCUCUUGCCAGGGUUCAGGUGGAAGGCAGCAUGGUGCACAGCAACUACAGUGUGGCAGUGGAGGUGCGAGCCCGGGCCCCCAUCAGCGUCAUCUCCGAGGGCACGCACCUGCUCCUCUCCAGAGCCCCCUCGUUCACCGUCGUCCUCACGGGCUCCCAGUCGUACGACCCAGACCACCCGGGGGCCACCCUCAGUUAUCACUGGACAUGCACGGCGGCCAGCAGCCCCGGGCACUCGUGCUUCGCUGCCUCCUCCCCACGCAGCCUGGGUGCUGGGGCUCCCUCCCUGGCCUUCCCUGCAGACUCGCUCAGCGACAGCUAUGACCAGUUUCUCGUGACGCUGACGGUGUCCAGCGCCGGCCGGAACUCUACAGCGGCGCAGGUGUUCCUCUCCCCUCGCCCGGACUCGGCUCUCAGAUUCGUCCACAUCUCCUGGGUCAGCUUUAAGGACAUGUUUGUUAACUGGAAUGAGGAGCUUUCUUUGCAAGCCAAGUGUGAUGAGUGUGGUGAAGGGCUCCAUCUGUCUUACUCCUGGGACCUCUUCCUGGUCAACGCGACAGAAAGGGCCCGAAUGGAAGUUCCCUUUUGUAGAACAGUGGGGCUGCUGGGCGCCGCCGGACUGGGGGCCGUUUCGAAGCUGCCAGAGUCCAGCGCACCGUCCACGGAGCCGAGCUGGCUGGAGCCGCAUGCAGUGGGCACACCAUCUUCACGGGAGCCAUCACCACACACCCGGGGCCUGACGGGGAAACCCUCCUCGGGGCCCGCGGUCGGCCGGCACCGGGUCCCUGCUGCGGGUGACCAGGGGUCCCCGGGACCCAGCCCCCCUGGGAGGCCGUCCCCCCAGAGCCCAUGCCCUUCCCCCUCUGGUUUUGAAGCCUAUUACAGUGAUAUCCAGGAAGCCGUGCCGACCCGAGGGAGACGGCCCGCCGACUGGGCUGAUGCCAGCCUCCCGGGAGCAGGCCCAAGUUCAAGUGCUGACGGGGACAACCUGCUGGGCCCCUCGGCCCCCCUGGCCGCUGCCAGGCCCACCCUCAUGGUGGACUGGCCCAAGUCCCCGGUCGGCCGCGCUCGUUUCCACGGCUACACCUCCUCUGGUAUCACGGGGCACACGGUGACGAUAAAGCCAUUCUCCCUGAGCCCUGGGGACACAUACGUCCUGCAAGCCUCUGUGGCUUCCCCGCACCACUUACUGGGGAGAGCUCAGCUGUACGUGACGCUCAAUCCGGCUCCACGGGACGUGGCCUGCCAGGUGCAGCCACACCGCGGCCUCGAGGCUCACACCGUCUUCAGUGUCUUCUGCAUGUCGGGGAGACCGGACUUCCGUUACGAAUUUAGUUAUCAGAUAGGAAAUGCCUCCAAACGCACUCUGUACCAUGGGAGAGACAGCCAGUAUUAUUCCAUGCUGCCAGCUGGCGAGCCCUUGGACGAUUAUAAAGUCACAGUGUCCACUGAGAUCACAGACGGGGCGGGCUCCCGGGUGCCGCCAUGCGCCGUGACGGUGACCGUGCAGCCCCGUUUCCACGGGAAUCUCUGCCUGGACGAGGACACCUAUAACUCCAGCCUGAAGCACCUCUCCACCCUUCAGCUGAUGGGCAGUUACACAGAGGUCAGGAACUACAUCACCGUGAUGACCAGGGUCCUGACUCGUUGGGCUGCGGAGGACAGAAGUCCCUCGUGUGGCCAAUGGUCACGAAUACAGGAUGCGCUGAUUUCUUCUGUGUGCAGACUGCCUUUCACAGAUCAGGAAGAAACGAGCGCUUCUGUUCUCAUGUUAAGGGACCUCCUACGCUUCCCUCACAAGUUAAGCUUUACGAGUGCGGCUCUCAUCCUCAAAGCCGCCCGGGCGCUCCAGGCUCAAAGCCCACUGUCGGGGAGGCUUGCGGUGGACGAGGGGCCAAGGCUUGAGCUCAUCCUGCUGGUGUCCGAAGUCUUGGAAGCAUAUGACCAGGACAAACCGAGGACUGUGGGCUGCCUGCAAGAAGAGGGGAUUAAGGUCAUCUCAGAUCUCUUGUUGGAUGGCCUUUCUGCAAACAAGGAGAAUCGGCUCCACAUCAGCACUGGGCAGAUGGAGUUCCACAUGCUUAUUCAUCACGACCUGCAGAGCUGCGUGCAGGGCCUGGGCUCCGUCCAGGUGCAUUUCCCUGCAGACCUGGCUAGACAGAGUCCUGCAGGGGUGGAAAUGCAGAGCCCAUGCUACAUUAGCCACCUCGUGCUCUUUAAGAAGAACCCGUAUCCAGGGGGCCAUGCUCCUGGUCAGAUUGGCCAGGUAGUCGCCCCGUCCCUGUUCAGCUGCUCCAGCAGGAGACCCAUCAGCAGGAGGCGGCUGAGGGAGCCCAUGACCGUGGAGUUCAGGGCGGAGGAUGGCCUGGAAAAUAGAAAUAAGACGACGUUUGUGCUGCUCCGGAAUAGAGUGAAUAUUCAUCAGUUCAUCGGGCAUUCGGCAAACCCCCAGGAAUCUCUGCACAUAAGGAUAGAAUUUUCUAGGCCUGUUUUGAGAGCUUUCCCGGUCAUGGUGCUGGUAAGGUUCUCUGAGAAACCUACUCCUUCUGAUUUUCUCGUGAGGAAUGUCUACAUCUGGGAUAAGCAGACGGUGCAUGUGUAUGUACCUGCUGGUCCUCCGAGAGACACCAGCUUGGGAUAUUUAUCCUUACUAGACGCUGACUAUGACAGAAGCCCUCCGAACAAAUACUUCGCGCAGGCAGUGAACUACACGGUGCAUUUCCAGUGGGUCCAGUGCCUCUUCUGGGAAGCGAGAGAGUGGAAAUCUGCAAGCUUCUCUCCACAGCCAGGAGCGUCUCCAGAAAAAGUGACCUGCAGCUACGACCGCCUUGUGCCCGUCUCUGUCGCAAGAAGAAACCUGAACACCAGUUUUUCAGUGAGUGACGUUUCCAAGUGGCAGAGACACCCAGAGAACCUGCUUCCCAGUAUUUUGGUGGUUGUUUUUACGAUUCUUUAUGCACUUCUGGUUACUAAAAGCAGACGUGUAGAUCGUCACGAGAAGAAGAAAGCUGGUUACAUUUUUCUGCAAGAAGGUGCUCCCCCCGGCCACCAGCUGUAUGCGGUUGUCGUGGACACGGGCUUCCGGUCUCCUGCCCGCUGUAGUGCCAAGGUUUACAUUGUUCUCUGUGGUGAGAAUGGGUUUUCAGAACCCAGAGAACUCUACUGUCCAGAGAGGCCCCUGUUUGAAAGGAAUUCCAGACAUACUUUCGUCCUGAGCGCCCCCGCCCUGCUGGGCCCACUCCGGAGCAUCCGUCUCUGGCACGACAGCCGUGGGCCCUCCCCGGACUGGUACGUGAGCCACAUCAUGGUGAGAGUGCUGGCCCCCGGGCAUGGACGGAGCUCGCUCUUCCCCGCCGAGUGCUGGUUGGCGGCGAGCAGGCAGGAUGGCCGCGUGCAGCGGGAGCUGGGCUGCCUGCGCCGGGGUCUUGGCUUCUGGAAGCUCCUGUAUUCAAAGUUCACGGAGUAUCUGGAGGAUUUCCACGUCUGGACCUCCGUGUACAGCCAGCCCUCCCCCAGCAGCUUCCCGCACACAGCGCGCCUCACCGUUGCCUUUACCUUGCUGUGCGCGUAUGCCUGUCUCACGGCCCUGCUCACGGUUGCAGGACAAGAGCAGCUCCCGUGGGCUCUCGGUGCCCCUGAUGCCACCGCCGGGUCCUUCCAGACGGGUCUCCUGUGCACCCUGCUGGCUUCUCCCGGGGCACAGCUCUUGUCGCUGCUCUUGAGGCUCAGCCAGGAAGCCAGCAGGCCCCUGAGAAGAGCGCCCUCGGAGGCAGCUCAGGCCCCCAACAGCGGAUUUCGAGGACUUGCUGAGCUUCGGUGGCCGCGGGCUCUGUUGCCUUGGUCAGGCUGCGUGGUGUGGGCCAUUUGCGGGAUGGUUUCCGUGGCCUGUGGCUUAGGGACGGCGUUUCUAGGAUACAGGCUCAGCCCGACGCAGUGUGUGCGCUGGCUGCACCUGCUGACGCUGUCCGUGCUGUGCUGUGUUUUCAUCUCGCAGCCGCUUCUGGUGGGCCUUGUGGCCGUGGGCUUUGCCUGGAGAAGGAGAGACGACCCGCACUUCUUCACCGAGUCUCUGCGCGCGGCCACCGAAGACCUGGACGCUGAGCUUGAGGAGCGAGCGAGGCCCCGCACGCGCCAGCAUGCGAGCCAGAUGGAGGAGAUGUUGGCCGCCCGACAGCAAGCGCGCCGCCUGCGCUGGGCGCGUCCGCCGUCUGCAGCCCAGCUCAGCGUCAUCAGGGAGAGGAUGAGAAGAGAGACCCGCACCAGGGUGGCCCUGAGAGACAUCUGCAUGUACACCCUCAUGCUGCUUCUGCAUGUGUUUAUACUUUGUGGGAGAUGCUCCCAGGAUGAAUAUUCUCUCAAUCAAGCCAUCCGGAAUGAGUUUACAAGGGGUGCCAGGAGCGUCUCUGGCGGCCUGAGAAGUGUGGGUGACUGGUGGGGCUGGAGUCUGAGCACGCUGCUGGACGGCCUGCAUGGGGGAGGCGCCUCCACGGCCGGCCCGCCCGGCGCUCAGCCUGGAGCCCUUGGUGGGAAGUGCUACCUACUGGGCACCCCGGUCAUCCAGCAGCUGAGAGAUCCUUCUGGCGGCGUGUGCGAGCUUCCCAGCCCACCUUCAGCGCUUUCCGAAGACUCUCCUCCUCCGCAUGGCCCCAAAGUCGGAGGCCCUGACACCCCCCCCAUGGCAGAUCCCGCCAUCCAAAGAGUGGCCCCGAGUGGCCCCAGAGGCUGUGGGGCCGGGGAGCCCUGGGUGCUCAGCCUGGGCAGCACAAGGCCGGCAGCCCACGCGGCCCUCAGCAGCCUCCGGGCCAGCAGGUGGAUCGACCGCAGCACCAGAACCGUGUCUGUGCACUUCGCUCUCUAUAACCCCCCCACUCAACUCCUGUCUGGUGUGUCCCUUUGCGCCGAGCUUCUCCCUGCGGGGGGCCUGGCCUUCUCCCCGCUGGUGGAGUCGCUGGCUGUCUUCCGCAGUGACUCGGCCCUGUGGCCCGGCCCCACGCUUCCCGAGCUGGCCUUCCUGCUGCUCAGCCUGACUCACCUCUGCUUGCGACUCUGCAGCCUGGCCGAGAAGGGUUUCCACAGCUACUGGCGCAAACCAGGGACCUGGCUGGAGCUCGCCAUAGUGGGAGCCAGCCUCGCCUGCCAUGCAGCCUCCAGCCACCUGGCCACGCUUGCUGGGGAGGUGACCGACCACUUCCACAGAGGACACUUCCGAGGAUUUAUGGAUCUCACUGUGGCGGCCUUGUGGAAUCAGAGGGUGACUUGGCUCCAGGGGACCCUCUCGUUCCUCCUGACGCUGAAGUUCAUCUGCCUCGUUGGCAUCCCGAGCACGAGGGCAUCCUGCUCCUUCCUGCUGCGUCGCUCUCUGGCUGGCAUCUGCACGGCAGGGCUGGUGGGCGUCCUGACACUGGCCGCCCACUGCCACCUGCGCGCGGUACCGCUGGGCACCUUCGCAGACUUCUCCCGAGGCCUGCUGUUCCAUCUUCCGGGAAGAAGCCAAACAGACACAUCCCGCCGUCCUUCUGGGUCUGACCUGUGGGCCCCGGCUUGGUGCUGCGGGGCCCUUUUCACAGUAGUGAGCACUGCGUGGUGGGGAAUGCUGAGAGAUUCCCUUGUGACUCUUGCUCGAAAAAGGAAAUCUUUUCAAAGACAGUCCCUCAUGAGCCUGGCCGAUGUGACUGCCUGCGUACAAGGGGCGGCCCGGGCCUGGCUGGGGCUGGAGAGGCCACAGCGGGAAGAGGCAGAGAUGGCUGAGAGGCAGAAUUACCACCUGGAUGAAGUUUCUGAUCUGCUAGAUGAACUUCUGUGGAAAAUUCAUGGUUUGUCGGACAGCCUACGACGUCCUCGUCCGGAGCAGCGAUUUGGUGAUACGGGAGAGGCCAGGGCAGAAGGCCGUCCCUCGGUGGGCGUUUCUGCCUAACAAGCCACUGAGGCCAAGCGCACGGGGCCUGAGAUGCCCCCAUGGGGCCUCUGCCUCAAGCUCCAAACCACCAACCCCAACGGGGCCUGCCGACUCUUCACCAAGCCCAGGAGGGAGGCUCUGUUCCUGACGGGCCUCCCUGGCCUGGCCUGGGCAGUCAAGCUAGACAUUGUCGAGACCCCAGCCCCCUCCGUCAGCACCGAGGCCCAGCCGGGUGGCAAACCGGGGCCCCGAACCAGAGCCUUGACGGCCAGGCUGGCCACAGACUUAGGGAGAAAGCGAGAAUAUGCAACUGGGGGUCCCGGGGAGCGCGCCCGCCACCUCUCUGACCCCCGUGGCUUUCACGGGACACAGCUGAGUGUCUCCUGCCUGGUCACCCCGGAGGUCUGCGUCGGGUGCCUCCCACAGCCCCUGCUCCUCAAACGGCCCUUCGGGGCUACUUUCCUCUCCUUCUCCGUGCUCCUGGGGACCGGGCCGAGCGGCAUUCAGCUGGACAACUACUCAGUCCCGAGGCCAGGUUCUGUCCGCAGCCGUGGCCAGCUGGGGCUGGCUGCACUGGGGAAGGAGUCGGCUGGCUGGGGCGGGACAGAGGUGGUCGGAGGUCACAGCGGUGGACGUGCCGUAUUGUCGCUGCGGGGUCACCCGGAGGGACUCUGCUGGGGCCAGGCCCAGGGAACAGUGGGCGAGGCAGGCACAGAGGCGGGCGUGCGCGUGGCCCCGGGGGGCCCCCGAGUGCGCUCUUCCCUGCCCGCACCGCCUCCAGCCCCCAGCACAGACCCUGCCUCUGGGAGGCCCCUCAGCCUGCGGCUCACUGACCCGGCCAAAGAGGGGACAAGACUUCUCCAGCUCUGGCUGUCACUGCUCCUAAGGCGACACCACGCAGAGCUGAGCAGCACUGCCUCCGAAGGACCCUCCCCGUGCCCACCUGAGGGACACUGCGCACAGCAUGUCGACGGCCACCUGUCCCCAGGACACCCCUUCCUCCGGAUGCACGAGGCGGCGGGAGGGCGCACAGAGACCCCAAAUGUGGCAUUGCUCUACGACAGCCCGAUCUCCAGCGAUCCAGCCAACCUCUCAGCUGUAGCUGUUUCCAGGCCCGUGGAGAACCGGCUGGCGGAGUUCCGGACCCUCACGGGCUGCUCCAGACACCGGACACCAGAGGCCGGGGUGAGACCUGCCCACACGGUGGCCGUCAGCGAACCCCGCGGCCGCCACAGCCCCCGAGACCUGGGAAGACCUUCCAAUCAGCCGGAGCCACUGCUCGCUCCUCUGUCCUCCUCGGGAGUGUGGGCUGACGCUUCCGAGGAGGGGAGCUCCCCUGCGUUGGAAGCCUUCAAGCUGAGCCCGGGAUCCCAGAGGCAGGGGUUCACGCCGGCUGAGGGCGCAGGAAAGGUUUGUACGGCGCAGGAUCCAGCAGACGUGCGCGUGGACAGAUCUGCACUCCCGAAGGCCUGCAGAUGCAGGUGCUGGAGGCUGGAGGUCCGAGAUCCGGGCGUGGCAGGGCCGGUCCCUCCCGAGGCCUCUCCAGGGCGUGCAGACGGCCGUCUCCUCCCCGGGUCCUCACGGGCUCGUCCCUCCGUGCGUGUCUGCGUCCUGACGUCCUCUUCUGAUGAGGACCCCAGUGACACCGGAGACCCUGCUAAGAGUGGGGCCCUGCGGCGGGCGCGGCGGCGAGCCAGGAGGACGGCCUGCCCGCGCGCUGCUGCGCUGCUCGGCGCCCGGCCUGCUGCGGCCAUCGCCCCGCCAGACCCGCCGCUCGCCCAGCCAGAAGAAUUAACGAGUCUGCACGGUUUUAAGAACAAAGCCUUUAAGAAACCCAAGGUCUGUGGGGUUUGCAAGCAGAUUAUUGACAGCCAAGGGAUUUCAUGCCGAGCCUGCAGGUACUGCUACCACAAGCCAUGUGAACCUAAGGUGGGCACCUCUGCCACGAGAGCCUACAGCGUCCUCAGAAACCACCACGGACGCGGGUCCUGGUGA